AUGACACGUGGAAAACAUCAACAUCUUGCACCGCCUUCGAAAGCGGCUAAAGUAAAUCGCCUUCGCUUCUUUGGUCAUAUAUUAAGGAGACCGGCAGAUCGCCUUGUCCAACGAGUUCUGAAGAGUUCGUCGGGUUCGAGCUGGAAGAAGCCACCUGGCCGAAAACGAAAGUUCUGGACUGAGGCGGUGAAAGAGGACCUGAGGACACUUGGAUAUGGAUAG